AUGAGUCAGAAAAAGGUGGCGAUCGGGGGCUUGUUGGUGCUCGCGUCAGUCGCUACGACGUGCGUUUUCGAGUCUGUAUUGGUGCGAACUGUCGAGAGCUUUGAAGAGGGGAGAUCCGUGGUGGUUUCGCUGUCUAAACCUGACUUUUCGCCGAGUACGGACGGUCAACUGAUUCUUUUCUCCGGCUUGAUCACUACUACAGCAUCGAUAGGUAAUAAUCAAUGGAACAAAGAGACCACAGACGAACUGGAACUCCGGCAGAGUCCAUUUGUAUUGGACACGACGUUUGGAAUUGCUGUGAAAGGUGUGAGACUCUAUCGCCAUGUAGAAAUGCUGCAAUGGGUCGAGACGUCGCACACCUCGAUGAGCAGUACACCUGAGGAUGAAGAUCGGCGGUUCGAUAACAAUCGGGAGAGGAUCUUUAUGUACGAGAUGAGAUGGAGGGAGAAGGUGAUUGAUAGUAUUGGGUUUCAUGAUCUUGGCUACACAAAUCCACCGUCUGAAGCUUGGACGUACAAGUCGCAUGUAGUCAAAGCGAGCGACCUUGUCGUGGGAGAUUUCAAGUUGCCUGACGAACUGAUUGAUCAGAUUCAACGUCGAGAUGUUUUGCACUUGGAUGCUACAAGUCGUCGAGUGAUGGCGAAUAUACUGGAUCAACGAAAAGGAACAGGAUGGGAACAAGGAAGUGCACUGUCGAAUAUCUCGGUUCAGGAAGAUUUUUUCUACUUUCGAGAUGGAAAGCCUGUUUUGGGUGAUCAACGUGUGCACUUUGAGGUGACACCCAACUAUCCAGUGACGGUGUGUGCUCAACAGAAAGGAAAAGACGUGGUGCCGUUCAAAAGCUCCACUGGUGAAGCGCUGUAUUUGUUGGAGGACGGAAUCAUGACUGCGAACGAACUUUUUGACAAGAAAACGCACGCAGAGGUUCGCAAAAAUCGGUUCUUCAGGCUGUUCGCGGGUGUGCUGGGCUUUAUAAGCUUCUUAGUAUUGCGCAGCCCGAUCCUCGAGCGCGUCGGAUCGUUUCUAGCUGGCAGUCAGCAGCAUCUACUGGCAAGCAGCAUGAGUGUUGCGCUCACAUUUACGGUCGUUGGAGUCAAUUGGAUUCUGUACAGACCAUUGUGGGCUCUUAUAUUUUGGCUUGGUGGCUGGAUGCCCCUAAUCUGUCUUGUCUUCUUUGCUCAAGCCAAUCAACAGCUGAAAAGUCAAUAA